AAUGAUGUAAUGCCUCCUGGACGACGGACGCAGUAGCUCCAACACCGCAAAGCAAGGCCUUUACAUAUAUUGAUCACCAUAUUUUGGGAUACCGAUAAAUCAAUCACAAAACAUUGAAACAAAUCAUCCAACAUGGACAAUAAUUAAUCACACUAGCUACUAUUAUUGCAUUAUUAGUAAAGAAACAACAUGAGGGGAUUGGUGACCAUAUACAAACCCAUACCUUUGGUUCUAUAUAAUGGAAAGAGAUCUUUGUUAUAUCACAUGCACAUGCCACCAUGUGCAUGAGAUGGGGUUGCCCUCCAUGGUGUCCCUUGGUAAUUAUUUGUUACUCUCAUAAUUAAAAAUGAUGUCAACCCGUGAAAACGAGUUCGAUCUAAACGAUACUAUCAGUGAAUUUUAACAAAUAGAUCUCAAAGUUCCAAUUCUAAUAUGGAUCUCAUCAUUUCAAUAAGGACCCUUCUUUAGGAGCAUGUAAAUGGGGGAAAUUUCAUGUAAGGGUAUAGUUAUAGUUAAGUUUAAUAAGUCCAAAAAACAUUGUCAACAUACAUCAGUCAAUACCCUUAUAAUCUGGCUAGGUAUGUGUGCUGGAAUUUUGUGGGACUACUGCUCCAUUCCAAAUCCCAAGUCUCUCCAAGUUCCAACCUCUUUUCUUCACAUCCAAGUCAAAGUAACGUAUGCACGAAUGCAUAUGGUGAUAUAAUUAAAUAAUAAACACUUUAAAGCUAUGUAUAAGUCAUGUACCAAUUGUUAUUUAAAGUUACAAUAUUUGUAUUCAUAUAUUUAAGACACCAUAAAAAAUGGGGGCGAUUUGUUAUCUUCAACCUGAUCUCCUCACUAUAAUUUCUGACUUUGUCAAUAAAUGAUACUUUUAGUUAUUGACAUAUUGUUCUAUAUUGAGUUAACAAACUUGCCAUCCUAAAUUUUUACAUAAACGUUGCUUUACUAUGUCGGUUUAUUCAUGUUUCAGCAAUUUCCAUAUAAGAACAUAAUUAGUAAGCAUUCCUUAACCCUAUCAGAACAUAUAAAUGCAUGAACACAAAUUUUAGCGAAGGAACUAGAUAACAUAAUCAUACUUGUUUGUUAAGCUUAAAAUCAUUAGUCCUCUAUAGGGGUGGCCGUUCGAUUACCGGUUAACCGGUAACCGAAGUAACCAAACUUCGGUCGGUUUCGAGGAGGUUGGACGAAAUUAUUUUGGGUCUUAAAAGUGGUUCGGUUAACCGAUAACCGAGAAACCAAAAUCUAUUUCGGUCGGUUUUCGGUACAUGGGUGGUUAUUUUGGUUAACCGAUAACCGAUCGAUCGGUUACCGGUUAUAACCAAAAUAACCGAACUGCCAGUCUGCCACCCCUACUCCUAUACCAAAUAUAUUGAUAGUAAGAAACUCUUCAUAUUUUCAAAUAAUUCAGUACAUAUUUUUCGUAGCAACCCAUAUCGCACUCAUCCGUCACCGCUAGUAAAAAGGUAGAAAUCUUUUUCCUAUCUCAAUUUUGUAUCUUUGGUUGUUGAGACAAGUAAAAAAGGGUGGGAAAUUUCUAGAUACCACCACAUAAAUAAGAAGUCAAAAAUUGGGGAGAGGAAGUUAACCCUACAAAACUUUCUCAACCUCCCACUUCCUCUUCCAUAUCUCUCUCUCUCUCUCUCUCUCUCUAAAGCUGCUAACAAAGAUUACUCAAGGUAUAGACAGACUAGUGGUCCAUAUGAGAUUUUUUCUUCUUCUUCUUCUUCUUCUUCUUAUAAAGAUGGGCAUAUGCGAAAGAACCUUUCAGCAGCCUACACUCUCUUCUUCCCUUUGCACCUCUCUUACUCUUAUCUUUCUCUGUUCAUCUUCUCCUUACCUCCCAACAGAGGAAAACCCAAGUGAAAAUCUCGGCUUAUUUUACUGUUCAUCGAGGGAAAUUCACCAAUCCAAAGCCCGUGCCAUGCUAUUCCACAGCUUUCUUGAACUUUCCCUCUGCCUUUAUUACCCUUCAAUUCCCCACUGAUAAUGGAGCAUGAUAAUGAUUUCCAUGGCCGGAGAGCUCAAGAAAGCUGUGGGAGAACAUGUCACUCUCUGGGCUUAAUUCAGGAACUAGCUAGCUAGCUUCCCACCGAACUGCCAUGGUAAAAAUUACUGAGCUCUCAUCUUACCAGUAAGUUUUUUUUUUCUUCCACUUUUUACUGUGGUGGGGGUGAUAAAAAAGGUUUCACCUUUUUGCAUUUUUGUUGGUAAUUUCACUGAUUCGAGAUGUGGGUUCGUCUUGGUUUUUUAUUUUUGGAUGUGGGUUCUCUUCAUCUUCCAUGAAUUCUGCAAGAAAUUGGGUGAUGAAGUGGGGGGUUAUGGAUAAUUUGAGUGACUUCUGUGUAUUUUUUACCAGCCUCACUUAUCAAGUUCUGCAUCAGAAGGGAUCCAAUAUAUGGAAAGGAGAGAUCUAUAGCUUAGCUGCAGCAUCCAUGCAGUAGGGCUAUAGCAGAAUUUUAGGUAAGUUCCCUUUGGAUCAACUCUUAACUAGAACUCUGAUGGCUCAAUCAAAACAGUGAAAGAAAAAGGGCAACAACAGAAGUGUUUUUAUUUAUAUAUAUUGUUGAUAGUGACUUGAAUCGGACUAUCAGCCGCUACGACUGGUAGUUGGUGGUCUCGCUGUCCGGUCACCGAGUGGGGUCCAGGGGCAACGCCCCCGGCCUGUGGUGUAUGGGCUCAAUGUUAUUUGGGUUCUGCUUCUGGGCCUGGUUUGUAACCGUUUCCUUUGCCAUAUUGGAUUAGGUUUAGACCCACAUGGAGAAGUACUAUAAAUACUUCUCAUACUCUUCUGUAAUCUGUAAUCUCCUCGAUAUAGUGAAACUGGCUCUCUCUCGCCCGUGGACUAGCUAACACACAUCGUGUUAGUGAACCACGUAAAUCGUGUGUCUGUGUUUUUCGAUUCUCGCUUUCGUAUUCUUGAUUUAUCGAUUCCGGCGAUUUCCCGAUCAGUAGCAGUGCGUUUAUAACACAUAUUUUGAUAUUUUCCUCAUUCCAUUUUCAAAUAUGGAAACCUAAUAAUAAAAGAAUGCAAUUUAAAUGAUGGGUAGUUAUUAUUAUUUAAAAAAAGAAAAAUUGUAGCAUUGUGGGGUGGGAAUUUUUGCAAUGUUGUCAGAACCGAACCGGAGCAUGACCUGAUAAUGCGAACGGCUCGUACUUUAGCGGUCCAAUCGGCAUUAGACCGUUUAAAAACCGUUAGAGAACCGGUAUCUAAUAAACGUUAUCAGUAUAAAUAGUGGACAUUUCUUAAUCAGAGCUCAUCUAUUUCCUUCGAAAUUGUGAAAUGGAAAUAAGGAUUCAAUUUGAGAGCCCGACGUUUUUGGUUUAUUUCAAUUAACAAUUUUCUACAAUUUUUUUAAUUAAAUUUAGUGGCUGAAUGGCAAAAACCGGACGAUCGGCUCGAUCGGCUCGAACGGUUAACCGCCUCGGCCGCUCGCCAACCGCUACAUAAAACCAAAGCGGCUUUUAGACUGUUCCGAGCCGGUUUUGUGACCGGGUGGCGGUUUUACCGGUCGGACCGAGCGGCUCGGCUCGGCUUUAAUAACACUGAAUUUUUGGCAGAGAAGAUACCCAAAACUUUCCUUUCUAUAUGUCAAUGAUGAUAGUUCUUCCUGAUGGGAGCAUUGAAGAGAUGAUCUUCUUCUAGCUUCUCUUCUUUACCUUAACUUCUUCUUCCUACAUUUCAGUGAAAAAAAAUAAUAAAUGGGGUUAAAUUUU